AUGUCCCUGCCUUCUGUCAUGAUCAGGAGCACCGGGAACAGCGCCAGUCCCCGCUUCUGUCUCCAGUGGCUGUGUCAGGCUGAAAGAGCAGAUGCAUCGUUCUCUGGUCUGCAGCAGGGCGCCCUCUGCAGUCCGAAGAAGGGAGUUCUUUGCUGCGGAGAACUGCUGCGCUCUGUGGAAGACCUGUCCAAGAAGCUGCUUCUGAGGUCUGUCAAGGAGGUCCCCACCAGGGUGGUCACAGCCCCACAUUCCUCAGAGACUCCUCCUGGCAUCGCUUGCACCUGCAGCCUCCCCACAUCCUGGUACCAUCCCGAGAGUCCCUCUCCCCUCAGCCAGCAUCCUACUGGGCCCAACCCAGCGAUGCAGCCUGAAAACACCGGGCACUUUGCCAUCAACUGCUUCCCAGACACAGACGCUCAGGCGCUUCCAGCUCUGGGAAUCCGUGUCCACCCUGCUUCCGGAACACUUCUUCGUCUGCUGGUGGACUUUGGGGACGGUUGCGGAGCUGAGAUGAGACUGUGUACAAUGACAGGCGCAGCUGCAGUGACUAGCUGCCACCGGUACAGAAAAGAAGGAGUCUACAAGCUCAGGGCUGUUGUGCAUGACGUUCACGGAGCUGAUGUGGAACUGGGGCCAUACUACGUGAACACUGGCCAUGAGAACGUGUCUGUAUUCAUGAACUCCAGCUCUAUCCACGAGGGUGAAGCCCUCUCCUUGGCCAACUCUCUCCUACAGCAGAAAGGCACAGUUGUGAUGCAUGGCUUUUCAUCUGUGUCCUCAUACAACGUGUCCUUUGUUUCUCAGCCCCCAGUGGGCAGCUGCCAGGCUUGGCUUGGUGUGACUGUCGGGUAUAAGAUGCAGUCUGUGUCCAUCUACACCAACGGAACUGUGUUUGCUGCAGACACAGACAUCACAUUUGUGGCUGUUACCAAGGAAACUAUACCCCUGGAGUUUGUAUGGUAUUUUGGAGAUGACCCCCCCAUGAGGACAACUUCCAGAAGCCUUAGAAGAAGGCUGAGCAUCCCUCAGCGGUACCACGUGAUGGUCGAGGCCAUCAGCAGGAUCGGCAGUGUAGUCUCUGAGUCCCACCUCAUCAGCGUACAGAAGAGAAUCACAGCCAAUGGGCUCAUGUCCCCGGCCUCAGCCCUGGUAAAUGCCAACGUGUCCUUUGAGUGCAGGCUCAACUUUGGCACGGAUGUAGCCUAUCUUUGGAACUUUGGAGAUGGUACCACCGAGGUGGGCAGAAGCUCCUUCAGCCAUGUUUACAGCAGGGAGGGUGAGUUUACAGUUGAAGUCCUGGCCUUCAAUAACAUCAGCUCCGCCGUCCUAAGGAAGCCGCUUUUCAUCGUGCAUGAGCCUUGCCAGCCACCUCCGGUGAAGAACAUGGGGCCUAAGAAGGUGCAGAUAUGGCGCGCUCAGCCCCUGAGACUAGCAGUGACACUGGAAGCUGCAGUCCUCUGUAACAUUUCCCAAGGGCUUUCCUACACCUGGACCAUUGUGGAUGCUGAGGCGACCGCCAUCACCCUCCCUGCAGCUGUCAACACCCUCGGGCAAACCAUCGAGCUCCCCAGCUACACCCUGGAGUGUGGGAACUACACUGCCACGGCUAAGGUUCAGAUCAAGGGAAGUAUGGUGUAUAGCAACUACAGUGUUGGUGUGGAGGUUCGAGCCAGGGCUCCCGUCAGCGUGAUCUCUGAAGGCACCCACAUCUUCAUCCCCAGGGCCACCACGGCCUCCAUCAUCCUCAGAGGCUUCCAGUCCUACGACCCUGACAAUCCUGGAGCGGCUCUCAGGUAUCACUGGACUUGCACGGCAGCCAGCUCACCAAGGUGGCCCUGCUUUGAGGACUCUACUCCAUACCAAGUAGACACUCAGGCUCCUGCCGUUUCCUUCCCAGCAAAAUGGCUCAGUGGGUGCUGUGACCAGUUCCUUGUGACCCUGAUAGUCUCCAGCAAUGGGCAGAACUCUUCUCAGGCCUUGAUAUUCCUGUCCACCCGUUCAGACCCGGACUUCAGAUUCGUCCACAUCUCGUGGGUCAACUUUAGAGACAUCCGUGUAAACUGGAAUGAAGAACUGUCUCUCCGAGCUGUGUGUGAAGACUGUGACGAUAUACCCGACCUCACUUAUUCCUGGGAUCUCUUCCUGGUCAACGCGACAGAAAAGAGUACCGUGGAAGUCCCCUUCUGCAGCACCGUGGGGUUACUGGGCGCUUCAGCAUCCGGGGCCAUUCUGAAGUUGUCUCAGUCAAGCCCAAGAGGAUCCCUGACACGACACUCACAAGAGCAGUCACCCAUGCCCCCGAGCUGGACAGCUCUUCGCAACCUGGGAAGCAUUUCCUCUGAGUCCACAGCAGGAGGACACCACAUUCCUGCAGCGAUGGGUCCCAUGGCAGGCUCCGGGGGGGCCAUGGAGGACUCCAGCUCAUUGAGUCCAGUACCAGGUUCCCUGGAUGAAGAAGCUUUGGUGAUGAGCACCCCAGAAGGAAGCUGGCCUCCUUCUAUUUCCUCCCCUGCCUUUGACGACUUUGAAGCCUAUUAUAGUGACAUCCAAGAAGACGUGCCAUCUUCCGGAAGACAGCCAGGGACCAGUACCAACUUCCAGGAAUCAGGACCAAGCAUGAAUACCGAGGAGAGUGCCAGUGAUGGGGACAACCUGCUGGGCCCUUUCCUCCACACAGGCAGAGCAAAGCCAGCUCUCAUGAUUGACUGGCCCAAGGCCCUGGUCAGCCGAGCUGUCUUCCAGAGCUACACCUCCUCAGGUAUCAUGGGACCGGAUGUGACAAUAAGACCGUUCUCACUGAGCAGUGGCGAGAUGUAUGUCUUGCAGGCUUCUGUAGCUUCAAAGAAGGCUUUACUAGGCAAAGCUCAGCUCUACAUAACGGUCAACCAGGUUCCACAGGACAUGUCCUGUCAGGUGCGACCCCACAGUGGUAUGGAGGCACAUACCCUCUUCAGUGUCUUCUGCAUGUCAGGGAAACCGGACUUCCAUUAUGAAUUUCGCUACCGGGUAGGAAACACUUCACACACCCUGUACAGCGGACAAGAUACCCAGUACUACUUUCUGUUGCCGGCUGGUGAGACCUCAGACAAUUACAAAGUCAUUGUUUCUACUGAGAUCACAGAUGGCCAAGGCUCCAAGGUGCAGCCAUGCAGUGUGGAAGUGACCGUGCUACCCCGUUACCAUGGAAAUGACUGCCCUGACAAGGACCUAUACGACUCCACCAUGGACACCCUCUCUUCUCUCCAGCUGGUGGGAAGUUACACGGAAAUAAGGAACUACAUCGCCAUGACCACUGUGAUCCUGAGCCGUUUGUAUGUGGAGAGCAGAAACAAGUCUUCCUGUGGCCUAUGGUCACAGAUACAGGAUGUAUUGAUUUCUUCAGCAUGCAGAGUACCUUUAACGGACCAGGAAGCGAUGGUGGACUCUAUUCAUAUUCUGAGAAACCUCAUAAGUGUCCCUAAUAAGUUGAGCUCCAUGAGUGCUGUGCACAUCCUUGAAUGUGCACAGAUGCUCCUGGCCCAAGGUCCGUUCUCCAGGAAAUUGCUGGUCAACAAAAACCUGGGAGUUGAGCUUAUCCUUCUCAUCUCUGGAGUCUGGGAAGCUGCCAAAGAAGACAGGAGAAAGGAGAACUCUCUGCAGGAAGAAGGCAUGAAGAUCAUCUCUGACAUGUUACUAACCUGUCUCUCCUUGAGCCACCAACCUCAACUUCACAUAAGCGCUGGGCAGAUGGAGUUCUGGACCCUUCUCCAUCACAGCUUCCAGAAGUCUAGUCAGAACCUGGGCUUCAUCUGGGUCCAUUUCCCUGGCAACCUGGUCUUGCGCCAUUCUGCUCAAGAGGCAUCCCAAAGCCCAUGCUACAUCAGCCACCUCAUGCUCUUCAUGAAUAGCCCUUACCCAGAGGGACAAGCUCCUGGACAGGUGGGCAGCGUGGUGAGCCCUAGACUCUACAGCUGCAAGAGCAGAAGCCCCAUUCUCAGAGGACGGCUGGAGACACCCGUGACCGUGGAGUUUGGGGAGGAAGACUACCUGGUAAAGACAAAACAUCCAACCGUGUUCACCUUGCUUCGGGAUGAGGUGAACCUCCACCAGUUCACUGGGCUUUCUGAAAAACCCCAGGAAACCUUACAGAUACGCAUCAAAUUCUUGAAGCCCAGAAGAAGAGCCUUCCCCGUCAUGCUGCUAGUAAGGUUCUCCAAGAAGGCCACGCCUUCGCAUUUUCUUGUGAAGCAGGUGUACUUCUGGGAUGAGCAGACUGUGCAAAUUUAUGUACCUACUGUCCCAUGGAAAGGAGCCGAUGUAGGGUAUUUGUCCCUGUUAGACGCUGAUUAUGACAGGAGACCUCCAAACAAAUAUCUUGCCGGAGCAGUAAACUACACAGUGCAUUUCCAGCGGAUCCAGUGUGUGUUUUGGGACAAGACAGAGUGGAGACCCGAAGGUAACUCUCCGCAGCCCGGAACUUCUCCUGAGAGAGUCAACUGUAGCUACCAUCGCCUGGCGCCUUUCUCUGUCCUCAGAAGAAAACUGAAUGCCACUUUUGAAGUAAGCAGCAUUUCUGAGUUCUGGAGUGACCCACAUAAUUUGCUUCCCGGGAUUUUCAGUGUGUUUCUCUUGGUUCUUCAUGGAAUUCUGGUGACUAAAAGCAGAUGUAUAGGUUGUCACAAGAAAAGGAAACCUGGCUGUAUUUUUCUGGAAGGAGACACCGUGCCUGGCCACCAGCUGUAUGCAGUCAUCGUUGACACUGGCUUCCGGUCACCAGCCCAAUUUACAUCAAGGGUUUUCAUUGUUUUAUGUGGUGAAAAUGGACUCUCAGAAACCAAAGAACUCUGCUGCCCACAGAUGUCCUUAUUUGGAAGGAAUUCCAGGCACACCUUUAUACUGAGCACUCCUAACCAACUGGGCCCACUCCAGAAAAUUCGCCUGUGGCACGACAGUAGUGGACCAUCCCCAAACUGGUUUGUAAGUCACGUGAUGGUGAAGGAGCUACACUCAGGCCAAGGCUGGUUCUUCUCUGCCCAGUGCUGGCUGGCUGUGAGCCUAUGCGACGGCCGUGUGCAGCGAGAGCUCUUCUGCCUGCGCCAUGGUCUUGGCUUCUGGAAGCUUUUCUAUGCCAAGUUCACAGAGUACCUGGAGGAUUUCCACAUUUGGCUCUCACUGUACAGCCAGCCCCCCUCCAGCAGCUACCUGCACACACAGCGACUUGCCGUGGCCUUCUGUCUCCUGUGUGUCUAUUCGUGCCUCACUGCCCUGGUCACUGUGGGAGUCCAUGAACAGCGCCCGCUGGAUGUGGGUCCCACUCUGGAAUCCUUCUGCCUGGGUCUCCUGUGCACCUUUCUGGCCUGUCCAGCUACCCAGAUAUUGUCACUGCUCUUCAGGUUCAGCAAGGAAGCUGCAGAGCAUCUUCCGGGUGCACCACAGUGGCCUCUAAGAGGAGUGAAGACAGAGGUACCUCAGGCUCCCAGCGGUGGUUUUGAAGGGCUUGUGCCCCAGUGGUCAAGGGUCUGUCUGCGCUGGUCAAGCUCUGUGGUCUGGGCCAUUUGUGGGUUGGCGUCCCUGGCCUGUGGUUUGGGGACAGGAUUCCUAGGCUACAGGUUUGUGCCAGAGCAGUGUAUACGGUGGCUGUACCUGCUGCUUCUUUCUGUGGUCUGCUGCGUAUUUGUCACCCAGCCACUAAUGAUCUGUUUGGCAGCGCUCGCCUUUGCUUGGAAAAAGAAACACGACAGCCAGUUUUUUACUGAGUCUUUACGUGAUGCAACCAAGGAUCUAGACUUGAAAUUGGAAGAAUACUCCAGAACCCACCUUCCUCCUUCUCCCAGCUCCCAUAGUCCUGACAGUGCUGAGGAGGCCGAAAGGGUCUUGGCUGCACGACAAAGAGACCGCCGCCUGCGCUGGGCUCAGCCACCAUCCAGGGCCAAGUUCAGAGAGAUCAAGGAGAAACUGAGGAAAGAGAACCGGAUGCAGGCAGCACUGAGAGGCAUUUCCACGCACAGUCUCGUGCUGCUGCUGCUUUUGUUUAUAACAUAUGGGAGAGUCUGCCCGGGUGAAUAUUCUCUCAACCAUGCCAUCAGGAAGGCAUUUACAAGAAAUGCCAGACACUCCUUUGGGGACCUGAACAGCACAGACGACUGGUGGGACUGGACUCUGAGCAUGUUGCUGGAUGGGCUGCACCCAGAAGGACCCUCUGCUGGGACCCCGGGGGCUCAGCCUGGAGCUCUCGGAGGGCAGUGCCACCUCAUAGGCCCUGCGGUGAUCAGGCAGCUCAUGGUUUCUUCUGGUACUGCAUGCGCGCCUGCCAGACCAGUCUCAGAGCCCAUGGAAGAUGCACUACCUACACUGAGUCGCGACCUUGACCUUGAGAACCUAAAAGUGACCCCUAGUGGUCCUGAGACCUGUGGGGCGAUGAAGAAGAUCUCCAUGUACAGCCUAGGGAGAACAAGGCAUGAAGUCCACGUAGCCCUGACUGCCCUCAGGACCAGUAGGUGGGUGGACCACAGCACCAGGGCUGUGUCUGUGCACUUCACUCUCUACAACCCUCCCACGCGACUCUUCACCAGUGUGACCCUAGGUGCAGAGCUUCUCCCCACGGGAGGUCUUGUCCCCUCAUCCCUGGUUGAGUCAAUCAGCAUCUACGGUGACUCAGCCCCACGCUACCUUCUUGUGCUUUCUGAGCUGGCGUUCCUAGUUCUCAACGUGACCCACCUCUGUUUCCAGCUCUGGGGAAUGGCCACCAAGGGUGUCCUCAGCUACUGGAGGAAACCAAGACACUGGCUGGAGCUCUCUACGGUUGGGGUAGCCCUGGCCUACCAUGCAGCCUCUGGUCACCUCACUAGCCUUGCUGAGAAUGUCACUGACCAGUUCCGCAAAGGACUUCACCAGAUGUUUGUGGACCUAAGUCUGAUGGUGUCAUGGAAUCAGAGGGUAAGAUGGCUCCGGGGAAGCCUGCUGUUCCUCUGGAUGUUGAAAUGUGCUCACCUCCUCGGCCUCCUAAGCACCAGGGCAGCCUUCUCUGCAGUGAUGUGUUCGUCUCUCUCCAGAGCCCUGGCACCCGCACUGUUAGGGGCCCUGUCGCUGGCUGCCUAUUCCCACUUGUGCCUGUUUCUGCUCUUCACCUGGAUGCCAUCACCCGACACCUCUACAGACGCAUUUCCUGAGCUGCUGCUUCAGUUUCUGGGAAGAAACCAAAAGGACUCACUGCGCAAUUGCUUGGAGUCUGGGCGUCGAGCCGUGGCUUGUUACUGUGGGGCCCUGUUUCUGCUGGUGGCCGCUCUGUGUUUUGGAAUGCUGAAGGCGUCCCUCCUGACUUUUUUCCGAAAAAGUAAGUCUUCUCAAAGAAAAUCUCAUGUGACACUUAGAAAUGUUGCUGUUUAUGCAUGGCAUAAAGUCCUCGCCAUUCUGGGGCGGGAAACAACUCUUGAGGAGACUGAGGUGGCUACGGAUCAGAAUUAUUACCUGGAUGAAUUUUCAAGUCUAUUGGAUGAACUUCUGGUAAAGAUUGAUGGUUUGUCUGACAGCCUAGAACUCUCUAGCCUAGAAAACCAGUGGAGGAGGACAGUGGAGUCAAGGACAGGGGAGAGUCCUCUCGUUGGCAUUCCAGGGUACCAUGCUACUGUGCUACCUCCACCUACAGUCAAAGGAAAGUUCCUGCUUCACUUCUUGUUGUGGUCCAGGGCCCUCGCCACUCAGUGUGGCCCUUCUCUGCAGAUGCUAGCCAGGCCUGAGUCCACAGCGGCAAUUGGGAGAUGCUAUGGGGGGUUUGCCCCAUAA